UGAUACAUUGAACGUAUUUUCUUCUUCAAAUAGAAAGCAAGCGUCGUCUGGAGGGCAUUAGUGAAUUGGUUUCUUAAUUAAAAAAAAACAAAUCGUUGAAACCAAGUGUUAAUAAAAUGUCUGACGAAUUAAGUCAAGGGCGUCGGCGCUUAUCCCGAGAGCAACAUACCUUGGCAUCUAGUGAUCCGCGUCGUCCCGAACGCUCUACUUCUGAAGAACCAAGAGCCAAGUUGGUCAGAUCCACUUCAUCUCAACAUGGUGGCGACGCAUCAACAAGCCGUGUCAAUCGCUACGAAGUAGCCUUGGUUCAUACUAAACCACCUGAUGUGACUUCUAAAACGGGUACUUCUGGUAAGGAAAUUAUUUUGCAGACCAAUUAUUUUCGCCUUGAUAAGGCUCCUGCUUGGAAAAUUUACGGAUACCAUGUAUCUUUUGCCCCCGAUAUUGAGUUACGACGUCUUAAGUGUGGCAUAUUAUCGGAACAUCGUAAAUUGUUGGGUGGUUAUUUGUUCGAUGGGAGCAAACUUUUCACCACCACCAAGCUGGAAGAGAAGAAAACUAUAAUUAAUGCCACAUCUAAGAAGGGUGAUAAAUUUGUCAUAACUAUUACUUUUACAAGCGAUAUUUGUAUGAAUGAGUGGCAAUCUUUGCAAGUUUUGAAUUUGAUUUUGCGACGUUCAAUGGAAGGCUUAAAACUUCAGUUGGUUGGCCGAAACCUAUUUGACCCACAUGCUAAAAUUGAUUUGCGUGAACAUCGUUUGCAAUUGUGGCCCGGUUACCAGACCUCUAUAAGACAACAUGAAAGGGAUAUUCUCCUAUGCGCAGAGAUAGCGCACAAGGUAAUGCGAACAGAGACGGUUUACGAUAUAUUCAGACGCUGCCAGGAGACUGCCCGAGAUUUCAAAGAAGAUUUCAAGCGCCACAUUAUCGGUCUAACUGUAUUGACUGACUACAAUAAUAGGACUUAUCGCAUCAACGAUAUCGAUUUUCACAAAACGCCUCGGGAGACGUUCAAUAUGAAGGGCGAAAAUAUAUCUUUUAUUGAUUAUUAUUACAAGAAAUACAAUAUCCGCAUACGUGAUCCUCAACAACCACUGUUGUUGUCGAAAUCAAAGGAGAGAUCGUUGCGCGGUGGCGAUAAUGAGUUAAUUAUUUUGAUUCCUGAACUGUGCCGUGCAACAGGCCUUACUGAUGAUAUGCGUAAUAACUUCCAGCUUAUGCGGGCUAUGUCCGACCAUACUCGCAUGAAUCCUGAUAGACGCAUUGAGCGUUUGCGCACGUUCAAUGAUCGUUUGCAACAGACCGAGGAGAGUAUGCGCAUUUUAAAAGAUUGGAAUAUGAAGUUAGACACACGUCUGGUUGAAGUCAGAGGUCGAAUUUUGGAUCCACAAAGAAUCGUUUUUGCCGAUCGCCGAAAGGAAUCAUCUGGUGAUCAGGCAGAUUGGACUAGACAUUUUCGAAAUAUGGGUAUGUUCUCAACUCCGUCCCGUGGAUUGGGACGUUGGGCGGUUAUUGCGACAAAUCGCAGCUCACGUGAUUUACGCAAUUUUGUCGAAUCCCUUAUGCGUGCUGCAAAUGGUCUGAAUAUGCUUAUCGAGAGACCCCGAGAAUAUAUGAUAAAUGAUGACCGCAAUCAUAGUUUUAUACAAGCCAUGGAAGAUUCUUGCCAACAAGAUCCUCAGUUGGUAAUGUGUUUGGUUCCAAACAACAAUGCCGAAAGAUACGCUUCGAUUAAAAAGAAGGGUUGUCUGGAACGUGCAGUACCCACCCAAGUCGUAACACUUAAAACUGCAUCGAAUCAACGUGGUCUCAUGAGUAUUUGCACCAAAGUGGCCAUUCAAAUCAAUUGCAAAUUGGGUUAUACUCCGUGGAUGAUUGACAUUCCUCUUUCUGGUCUUAUGACCAUUGGUUACGACAUUGCCAAGAGCGUUCGUGACAGAUCAAAGGCAUAUGGUGCUCUAGUCGCCACCAUGGACUUACAAGUCAAUGCUACUUUUUACAGCACAGUGGCGGAAUGCAGUUCUUACGAUGUAUUGGCAAACAGUUUGUGGCCCAUGAUGACUAAGGCAUUGCGACAAUACAAAAAGGAGCACGGCAAAUUGCCCACUCGCAUUCUCUUUUAUAGGGAUGGUGUUGGUGAGGGUUCUCUGAAACAGAUUUGGGAACACGAGGUUAAGGACAUCACGGAGAAACUAGAGCAAGAAUACAAAAGAGCCGAAAUGAACCCACCAAUGUUUGCAUUCGUUGUUGUAACGAAAUCUCUCAAUACACGUUUCUUUGCUCGUGGUCGAAAUCCCCCACCCGGUACUGUGGUCGACGAUAUUAUCACUUUGCCUGAACGUUACGAUUUCUAUUUGGUAUCACAGUCCGUGCGCCAGGGUACUGUUUCUCCCACAAGUUACAAUGUGGUAUACAGCAAUAUUCGUCUCUCCCCCGAUCAAAUGCAAAUGCUGACAUAUAAAAUGACCCACUUGUACUACAACUGGUCCGGCACUACCCGCGUUCCAGCUGUUUGCCAAUACGCCAAGAAACUGGCUACAUUGGUGGCAACAAGUUUGCAUCAGUCACCGCAGAAUGUUUUGGAAAAGAAACUGUUUUAUCUUUAAGAUAUUCUUAAAAUGUGUAAUACACACCAACAUUAUGUUUGAUUCAUAUGAAGAAGAGCUUUUCUUUAAUUAAUUCUUUAAAAAAAUGUUUUUAAGAUAUUCCUUAAUUUUUGAUCACUCACAUCCACAUAUAAAGACAAGCCUUACUCAAACUAAGUUUGAGCGCUAGUAUCAUAUAAAGUAUAAUUUAAGUAUAAAAAAUCUACAAUGAAAUAUUUUUUAAAUCAAUUUCGAUGUAAUCCAUACAUUUUGUCAGAGUUUGAAUUAUUUUUUUUUUUCGUUCACAAAUGUUUUUAAAUGUCUGAUGUUCAUAUUACUGUAUAUAAUAUAUUUGCUAAGUUUUCCAAUUAUUGCCCUGCAGUAGUAUACAGAAGGUGUAAUUGGAUGGCAUGAGAAUACAAUUAUGUAUAUUAUUGUGUUUUUCUGACACUUUAACAUGAACUAUAUACUAAUAAAAAUAACCUAACGACAAAAAGAAUUAA